GGGGGCGGAGCGCGGAGCGAAGUGUGGUGUUCGUUCGUGUUUAUUUCUGUCGCGGCGCCUGAUAACAUUGAUAACUUUUGCUAAUAAUAAUAUGCUGCUUGGAUCUACAGCUCAGUCAUAGCGCGGUCGCGUAUACUCGGUCACCUCAGCCCGCACUAUCUAGUGCGAUCACCGUUUUACUGUUUUACUAACCUUUAAGACUGCAAGUUUUGUGAACUCACGAUGGCCGCAAAGCAAAAAGUCUGCAUCAUUGGCUCGGGAAAUUGGGGUUCAGCAAUAGCCAAGAUAGUUGGCAGAAAUGCAGCCCGUCUCCCCAACUUCGAGGAUACUGUCACAAUGUGGGUGUUUGAGGAGAUGAUUGAGGGCAAGAAGCUCACAGAGAUCAUCAACGAGACACAUGAGAAUGUGAAAUACUUGCCGGGGCACAAACUACCCGAAAAUGUGGUAGCGAUCCCCGAGGUGGUGGACGCGGCGCGUGACGCAGACAUCCUGAUCUUCGUGGUGCCGCACCAGUUCGUGAGGAAGAUCUGCUCCUCGCUGCUCGGGCAGAUCAAGCCUACUGCUGCUGCGUUAUCGCUGAUCAAGGGCUUCGACAUCGCGGAGGGCGGCGGCAUCGACCUGAUCUCGCACAUCAUCACGAGGCAUCUGAAGAUCCCGUGUGCGGUACUCAUGGGCGCCAACAUCGCUUCUGAGGUGGCGGAAGAGAAGUUCUGCGAGACGACAAUAGGGUGCCGCGACGCGCUCCUAGCUCCUGUGCUGCGAGACCUCAUACAGACGGACGAGUUCAGGGUCGUGGUGGUCGACGAUGAAGACGCUGUGGAGAUAUGCGGCGCUCUGAAGAACAUAGUAGCCGUUGGCGCGGGCUUCGUCGACGGUCUCGGGUUCGGGGACAACACGAAGGCGGCGGUCAUCCGGCUCGGCCUCAUGGAGAUGAUCAAGUUCGUCGACGUGUUCUACCCGGGCAGCAAGCUGAGCACCUUCUUCGAGUCUUGUGGCGUCGCUGAUUUGAUUACUACGUGUUAUGGCGGGCGCAACCGGCGGGUGGCAGAAGCCUUCGUGAAGACGGGACGCUCCAUCAAGGAGUUGGAAGACGAGCUGCUGAACGGACAGAAGCUGCAGGGACCAAUCACGGCCGAGGAGGUCAACCACAUGCUGGCCAAUAAGAACAUGGAGGACAAGUUCCCCCUGUUCACGGCGGUAUACCUGAUCUGCAAGGGCGACAAGCCCCCCUCCGAGUUCAUCAACUGCAUCAGAAGCCACCCGGAGCAUAUGAAACUGCCGUUGACCAAAUGUUCUCUGUGACGCGAUGAACGACGCUCGCAGGAUAUCGAACCACCGACCUUCUGAUACUAAAGACUACUUCAUUCAACAAAACUAACUUCUUAGGGUCCGUUCAUACAUACGAAAUGAUACGAAAGAAAGAGAUAAACAUCUGAUGUGUCCGGGCCGAUUUGUGUGAACGGACCCUAUGUUGGAAAUUGGUAGCGGAUUAUGUAUUUCUAAGGGAUUCAUUUGACAGUCAGCGGCAUAGAAACCAGUUGAGACGUUGCGACACGUAGUCUGCUACCAAUUUGCACCUUUAUGGCCUAAUUUAACAUGCAAUCUACGGAUGAUUUCAUAGAUGCCAUGGCAUACUUUCUACAGCUACAGCUGCUUUUUCUGUUUCAUAUAUCUGAUAAGAUAACUCAAAGCUAGAGGAAAAUAAAAUUUUCUUUAUAUCACAUAA